AUGGAGAAAAAGCGAAGAAAGACGACGACGACGAGGACGAAGAUGAAGAUGAAGACGAGGAUUCAAGCAGCAAAAAAGAAGGCCGGCGAUGCGGAGCAGGCAGCAGAUACCGCUACUACUACUGAUACUACUACUGAUACUACUACUGAUACUACUACUGACACGGCAGACAGCAGACGGCAUGAAGAAGAAGAAGAAGAAGAAGAAGACGACGAGUCCAUGAUGCUGCUAGUGGUGAUGCCUGACAGAUAG